GAAGAAACAGUCCUAAUCAGUUUUCAAAAUUAGAGAAGUAAAUUAUCUAAUUAAACAGAUCUUAACUAACUGAUUAUGAACCAACAUCCAAAAACUAAAAACCACAUGGUGGCGGCAGAGGCUAUACAUAAAAUUUACAUUUAAAUUUAAAUUUCUAGGUUUGCAGGUAUCUAUUUAGUUUAUAUCAAUGCCAUUUUUGUAGUUUCUAGACAGAGAUCAAUAUGGUAUAAACUCUCUGAUUUUGGUACAUGUAUAUGGUACGAAUUUGAAGUGUAUUUUUCACAGAUCCAAUGUGUACAUUUGAGAAAACGGUUUCUAUAUGGUGAAAAUUGAGGCCAUCAUGACAGAUAUGAUCUACCACAAGAUAGGCUGCAGGGCAACUUAUAGAAACUCUCGAAAAACAGAGCUGAUAGCCUAUUAACAGAUAGCAUAAACUCUGCAUCAUGAUGACAUUGUACAUACUGUAUAGUAACUAAUUGACAUUGAGUCAUUAAUUUCUUCCAUUAAAUAAAACAGUCACUGUUGAGGCCUAGACUAAGGAAGCUCCCUGUGAAGGCUGUUUAUUGACAUUAAUUAAGUGGUAAGUGUAAAAUACUCACAUAUACUCUGUACAUAUAAAUUUGAAUGGUCUUGAAAAACAAGAAUGCCUUGCCCAGAAAAUAAUGCAUAUCAAAUGUUUGUUUAUAUUUUAGCAUACUGCUUGAUUCUAAUCUGUGGUUUUAAGUGUGGUGUAUGUAGAACUGUGUCAGGCCCAGGAAAUGGCUGAUAGCGCUAAAUGAACAGAAUCACGUGACAGUGCCGUACUUCAAGCUGUACUGUAUGUCAUAUAACAUUACCUUCAUUUCGUUGAGCUUCUCCUCUCAGCCUGAAGAAGAAAAUGGGUAAACAACGUUGUGUGAUGGUGUUACUCUUAACUCACGUGUUUGUGGGACUAUAUGGAGACAUUAUACAACUGCACCCAGUUAUAUCUGCAUAUGAAGGAGAUAAUGUGGUUUUGCCCUGCUUUAUUAAAUUAAAACCAAUAAGUAUGGUAUUAUCGUACAAGCAAGUCACUGGAGAAGAACCACAUCUCAUUGCUUCCUCACUUCUCCAUUCAUCAAGAAGCCAAUUUCAAAAUGAAUUUAACAGCAAUCAUUUUGAUGCUGUAAGAGGGACUGACAGUUUUAAUCUGACAGUUAUGAACACCACACAAUCAGAUUUGGGCAUGUACUAUUGUGCAACAUCUUUCUCUAAUAAAAUAAAAUUUGGAAUUGGCACUCGUCUGGUUAUUAAAGGAGCAGAAAUCAGCAAACCCACGAGUCUAAAGUUGCCUAAGACUGAACUUGUUAAAUCAGAGGUAAACAUGCCUCUGCAAUGUUCAAUCCAAAAUGAGUUAGUGAGCAGUGGAGGUGUAAAUCGUCUCUACUGGUUCAAACAUGGAUCAGACGAAUCUCCUCCAGGAUUCAUUUAUGUUCAUGGAAACACAAGUGAUGGAUGUGUGAGGAGCUCCGAAGCUGACUGUCUUUCACCGACCUGUGAGUUCAACCUCCCAAAGAAAAAGUUCAGCUCCUCACAAACGGGAAUUUACUGUGCACUGGCCACAUGUGGGGAGGCUUUAUUUGGAAACAUUUAUAAACACAAUCCUGACAACUUCAACAUCCAGAACACACAUUUACUCUUUAUAAUUGUCCUUACGGUGCUCCUGACAUCAAAUAUUACCAUCAAUAUUAUUCUGUGUUGCUUGAGGAGAAAUGAGUCUACUAAUGCAACAGAAAGCAAAUAUAAACAAAUCCAGGCUACUGAUGAUGAUGUGUCAAUAACUGAGUACGAGGAACUGAACUUUUGGUCUUCACCCGUCAUCACUAAAUGCUCAAAGAGUGAAAAGAAAUACCAGCUUUAAGGACAUAUGAUAUUCGGGUUUGACAAAUCAAGACCAUGGCAAAACAUUGUUGUAUAUUAGCUCAUAUAAAUCAUUAAAACAGAAUUUUGAGUAAUUCUGCCAAUCAUUUUUUGAUAAACAGAAUAAAUUAUUAUUAUUGGGAUGUACUGUAUAUAUUAUAAUGACUGAAAAACCAUUGACAAUAAAAAACUUCCAGAAUGGAUUGUAAUAAUUA